UUUCAUAAUAUUAUAUGUCCAUCUUCUCUCUGAAACCAAGAAAGGGAAGAUUGUCUUUGAAAAUAAAACCAAACAUGACGUCUGAAGAAACGGAAAUUGGCGUUAUCUGGAUGUCGCCUGGCAGAUAUGGGAAAAACCCAGGCGGAAAUACAGAGGGCUUACAGGGAGAGGAAGAAGUUAAAAGAAGGGACAAAAUAUCUUGAUCGUGAAUCAAAAAGAGUACUGGGAUAUUAUAAACCUGUGACCGAUUUGAGCAAGAAAAAAGCAAAUGAAAGAAGACAAAGAAUCAGAGAAAAUGUAAGGAAACAUCGUCAAAAGAAAAAAGAACAAACAGCCGCACCGCUGCUGGAAGAACCCCAAAACGGAGAAGUAGGAGAUAGUAAUAUACAGGUAUCAGACGUUUCAUCAUCGACAGACAGACCAUGUUAUUCACCACUAAUUGUAAAACUGCCAUCUUUGGAAUCAAAGAAAAGAACCAGAAAAAGAAUAAGUCGUUCAACAUCAAAAUCCAGGCGUGUAAUCAAGAAACUAGAAGAGGAAAAUAAAAAUUUACAGCGAAAAUACAAAAAAGUGUCGAAAAGAUAUGAACGUUUGUCAAAGAAAACAAAAGUUGAUAAUUCAACACAACGUGCUUCUACAAGCCAUGACGAUCCAGAGAACCAAAGGGAGAACAUGACCCCAAGGAAGAGAGCUCUACAAGACAUUAGAGAUGAAGGAUUAUCACCUAGUAAGAUCCCAAAAAUCUUAAAGGAAAAAGUUGUCGUGGCAAACGUACUUGCUCAAGAAAUCAAUGACGCAUACAAAGCAAAUGAUCAGUCUGGGAAAAACGUUGUUAAGGAUAUCAUAUAUGGAAGCCAUAUAAAGAAAUACAGAAUGAAGGAAGCAAUGAGAAAGUCAUUGGGGGUAACCAUGAAACAUUUACGGAAAACUUCAAAAAGCAUACGACUUCAGAAAGCUACGCGGAAUCAAAAAACCAUGGCGGCAAUUAAGAAUCGAGUUGCAGAGUUUUUGUGUAGAGACGACAACAGCAGAAUGAUGCCAGGGAAAAAUGACAAAAUAAAGAAAAAAGAUGGAUAUGUCCAAAAAAGGGUGCUGAACGACACAAUGUCAUAUCUUCAUUUGAAAUAUAAUGCAGAGACCACACAUAAAAUUUCACUUGCAACAUUUUGCCGAAUGCGCCCGAGAGAAGUUUCACUCACAAAAUAUCUAAGCAGAAACAAAUGUCUUUGUCAGAAACACCAGAACAUGGCUUUGCUUUUAAAAGCGAUGAAGAACGCAGGUGCAAGUGUCACUAACAAUCCUGAUGAAUUUGGAAGAAAACUGAAAGAAAAUAAUCAUAAUAUAGAAGAGUAUCUACGUGAAAUUAAAGAAGAAACGGUCAUAUUGCAACAGUGGAAGAAAGUUGAACUUCCUGAUGGAAAGAAGAAAACAAAAAUCGUAGAAGAAAAAAUGGCAAAACAAGAGUUCUUCAGAAAAGCAGAAAAUCAAACAUCAGAGUUUAUUGAACAUUGUAAUCGAGUGAAGGCCCAGUAUAAGGCAAUGGGGAAUUUAAAAGACCAUUUACCAGAUGGUCAUUGCCUGCUGCAAAUGGACUUCGCCGAAAACUUCACGUGUACGUCAGCAGAUGAGGUACAGAGUGCCUACUGGAACGGCACUUCUGUUACGCUUCAUCCAAUUGUAAUUUAUUUCAAGAAGAACGACACCCUACAACACAAGAACUACGUCGUUGUAUCUGACGAUUUGGGCCAUAACAUAGGACUUGUGUAUGCUAUUCUGAAAGAUAUUGUAAAGAAGGUGAAGGAGAUCGUUCCGAAUCUCACCUACAUUCAUUACUGGACAGAUAGCCCCAGCUCUCAGUAUCGCAACAAAACAGCCUUUUACAUAAUAUCUGACCACACUAACUUGCUUGGUGUCCCAGCCUCGUGGAAUUAUUUUGAAACAGGUCACGGCAAGGGGCCAUGUGAUGGUGUCGGCGGAACAGCAAAGCGGGCAGCGGACAUGGGUAUUAAACAAGAAAAAUUCGUUGUCCAAGAUGCCAAUGACUUUUACGUAAAUGUUGGAGUCCACCAUAAAUCUGCAACUUACACUUUUGUUUCUUCGUUCCAAGCGGAUGCAGCUAGGCAAGAGUUAGCAGAACUGAAUAAGAACCUAAUAGCUCUGAAAGGAACGAUGAAAGUCCAUCAUGUCUCUGCACUGGAAAAGGGGAGAAUCCGCACUUCCGUUACCUCUUGCUACUGCGAGGUUUGUUUAAAUGGUGUAGACCAUAUUGGUACCAAUGGAAGCAUUCUUAAACAAAGACAAGAGGUAACGUCAAGAUUUCAAUCCACGGAAGACCAGGAAUUGCAAUCUAAUUCAGCAAAUGCGGGAAUUACAAGUCCUACCGUUGUUUCCACUGAAUCUGAAUACGACGAGAAUAGAAGUCCGCUGCGAUAUGAAAAGGGAGAUUGGAUAGUUGUUUCCUACGAACAAAAGUGGCAUGUAGGUCAAAUAAAAUCUAUCGACCAAGGAGAUGGAGAAUAUGAAGUAUCUUUUCUCAGAGUGAGUGGUGGACGCUCUACAGAACACAGUACAUAUAAAUGGCCAAAACCCGCAGACAUACUUGAUAUAGCCCACUCUGAUGUCAUCUGCAAAAUAAAUGAGCCUGAAAGAAUCGGUAGAAGCGGACGCAGUUUGAAAUUGAAUGCUGCAGACAUCGAAAUUAUUCAAAAUACUCUUUCAAAGGACUGA